AUGAUGUUGAGACCGAAUCUGUUCACGUCCUGUAGCCGAAUUUCUCGUUUCGUUGUAAACUUUUCCACCAGACGUAGAAAGGAAUGGUUUGACGACGAAGACAUAUUUCUUGACGAGGAACCGGUAUUGCCAAGUCGCGCUGACAUAGCCAGUAUGACGAAAAAAGAAAGAGCAUUUUUGAAGCAGAAAAUAAUACAGAAAAAGAGUUUUCCAGCUGUAAGAGAAGCAGCAAUGUUAACAUGGGAGGCAAUGGAGCAGAUGAGAUUUCUAAACAAAGAAUUCCCUGAAGAAUGGACCCUGGACAGGAUUGUAGAAAGUUUUCCUGUCAGUCGACCUGCAGCUAUCAAAAUUCUACGAUCAAAACGACCUAGACUGUCACAGGAUGCAAUAGAUAGACAUGAUUUAAGAGUACAGAAGAACUUGGAAGCUUUAAAACAUGGUGAUGUGGAAGGGAAUGAACGCUUGGAGAAUACUCUUAAAUCUUUGAUGGGCAGUAACAAAAUGUCCUUGUUAAGUAACUCUGGGGGAUUAAAAGGCUUUCCCAUGCCAACAAGUGAACCAUCCUAUUUAAAUGACCCCAAAGAGCUUUCUUUUGAGGAGCAAUUAAAACAGUUGAGGGUGAAUCCUUUCACUAGCAUACUAGCAAAGUAUAAUCGGCUGGAAUCUGAAUCUUUGAAACAGCAGGAUGAAGAGGAAAACAAAGUAAUGCUGGAACCCCCCAAGCUACGAAAUCAAGAAAAAGAGAGACAUGAUUUUGAUACAUAUUCAAAAUUUAAAAAUUUGAAAAAGUCAUGUGGUUCAUCAGGGAAUGGAAUUACACUAGGGUCAAGAUCAGAUUUCUUGCCGCGGACAAAGUUUGACGAGUCAUCAAGAUCGGUGGUUGGUAAUGUACCGUCAGAUGGUGAUAACUCGCAGAGGUUAAAAUCAGAAGAUGGUCCAAAGCUUGAAUAUGGAGACUUACCAAGGAGAGAAUAUGGUGAUUCAUCAAGGACAUUUCAUGGCAUUUCACAAAAGUCACAAAUUGAAGAUUUGCCAAAAUCAAGGCAGUUGGAUUUAAGACCUGGUGCAAAUGCUUCAGUAAGAUUGGGAUAUGAUAAUUCAUCAAUCUCUCAACCAUCAGCACAUACUGAUUUUGAGUCAGGUCUCCCUUCACUUACAGAUAUUGGGUCUGACAACAUAGAAAAUCUUAACAGUGGAAAUGAGGAAGUCAGUACAGCACACUCCAACAACAGUUCUACCAAAAGAUAUCUCAGUAGAAAAGAGAAAAAGCAACUUAAAGAAUCAAAAGCCCAACAAUUACCAAAUUUUAAGUCAUGGGACGAGAUGGCCUUGUACGGUACAGGGAAAAAAUAAAAGACGUCUACACUGGGCAUGUAUAAGCUGACUCAUCACUUUUACAAUUUGUCUAUAUUCACUGUGCAUUUAGACAUGAAUUGAAAAGUUUGGGAUACUGUGAAGUGUUCUGACUAUUGAGAUAACUGUCAGUGCCUGAAUCCAUUCUGGAUCAGUUCUAGACACCUUUGUAACAGCUGACCCUGCUGACGUGUUUUGCGUAAAUGCUUUGUAACGUUAACAUGCAAGUUAACUUUAUUUGAAUGAAGGAUAUCACUUGUUCUUUGAUCCAAAUUUGAUGAAAAAGAUUCUGAAACAUCCUACUAGGUUGAUAUUAUAUUUAGCUACAAGAAAGGUUAUGAUAGAAAGACUCAAAUUUUGUCUGACAAAUGAUCCACAAUUGAGAUUUACAAAAUUGUAUGUAUUUCAUUUAUAUAUAUUUAACAUCUCUGCAACAGCCAAGGUCAUCUGAUAGUGGUAAAGAUGUAAGGUCAGAUAAUACUUUGGUUAUUGUAUGAAAUGUUAAGGUUCUGAAAGUCAAAUGAAAUUUUAUCUGUUUGGAAAAAGAUUUACGAUAAUUUUCUCAAAUGCUUAAUUUAAUGUACAACUAGUGUUAGCAAUAUUUUAUCUAGUAAACCAAUAAAAAC